AUCGAUCGAUUCGUGUUCGCAUCCCCCACGACCGCGAUCGAGAUUUUUCUCUUUUUCCCCCGUUUUUUCGUUUUUUUUCUUCUAUUUUUCUCUAUAUAUAUACGGAGUGUGAUCUCUCUUUGUUACUUUGGAGAAUUUGAGAGGUGUGAAAAAGUUGAGAGUUUUAAUACAAAAGAUGGUUCUUUUGUUCCUGCACAAACAAGCUACUGAUUGUGGCGACUUGGAUGCUGCGAAAGAGAGAAUCUCUCUUCUAAAGAAAGUAGAAUCCAUUAUCUGGUCGGUAAUAAAUUCUGGUGGCCGGUACGAGGCUCGCUUGUGGCUGUGCAAUACGAUCUCGGCCGUCCAUUCUAUCACUCCGUGUGAUCAGCGCGACCUGUUUGUCGACUUUGUGAAGUCGAACGUUUCGAAACAAGAUGUUGCCGUUCAAUUACUGCAAAUGAUUUUUGAGAAGAGACCGGAAAAGGUUGGGCCUAUAUUCGCGAGGAGGUGCCGCAUGCUCGAGAAGUUUUUUGAAGGGAACCCACGGCGCAUUAUGCAAUGGUUCGAUAAUUUUGCUGCUGCUGGUGAGUCGGGACAUAAAAGGGGUGCUAGAGCAAUAUCCCAGUUUGCAUUCGUGAAUCGUGACAUUUGCUGGGAGGAGCUCGAGUGGAAGGGAAAACACGGGCAGUCGCCAGCAGUUGUUGCGACGAAGCCGCAUUACUUUCACGACCUUGAUGUUCUUCGAACGGUGGAGAACUUUCUUGAAUAUGUGCCAGAUUUUUGGUCGUCAGAUGAGCUCGCUGAUUCCGUCAAAGAUGGGGAGAUUUUGCAAAUCGAUACCAGAUAUUUUGUCAAUCAGUUUGUGCAAUUGAUGUACGAGGAGAAAAGUGAAGAUGUAUGGAACGUCAUCGAAGAUUUUUUGACGGAGGAGCAAUUCUCGUCUCUUUCUCAACACCUCCUUAUUCUCCUUGAUGAACGGAGGCUCCUCGUUUUCUUGAAGUCCCUUGGGAGUUAUAUUAGGCCAAAUUCGCAAUGCAAAGAGUUCAAGUUCCCGUGUUGUUGGCUUGAGAUUCUUUUGUCAAAUAGUAACUUUUCAGCGUCUCUCGAUGACGUUCUCCUAUUAAAUGCUGCCCUUGCCAAGGGCAGACAGCUGUUACGCCUUAUCAGCGAUGAAGAACAUGAUGAAGAAAGGGAGAAUGUGGAAAAGCUUUUGAGAAGCUCGAUGACUUUCAGUGAAGCUGCUCAUCGGGCUUUCAUGAAAGAAUGUGAAGAAAUGAAGCAGCUCAAGGCAAUCAAGUACAUUGGGCUUCAAUCGUGGAUUCUCUACUAUCAAUUGUCGAAAGAAUGCGAGACCUCAAAAUCAUGUGAAUCUUUGUUUGUUGAGAACAGAAUAGGAUUUCACGUGGUUGAUGAUUUUUCAUUAGUAAGUUCAGAUCGGCCCUCAAAUGGAUGUGAUUUAGGUUCCGAUGAUGAGGAUUUAGGGAGAAAAGGCCACAAGAAGAGAAAAAGGGACAAGAAGAGAAGGAGAAAGAAAUGCAAUCAUGAUGAAAGCAGUCCGGAUCAUCUAAUGGAUUUUGAAAAUUCGAAUGGAUGGAGAAGCUCGCAAUCAGGGGCGAGGAGUUGGCGGCUCUCAACAGACAACUUUUCCUGCGUAUGGAACAUUGCCGACAUACCUGAGCAUCUUUCCAUGCACUACUUUAGAACAUGGGCAAAGUGGCUUCGCUCCAAAUGGUAGUUUGCAUUCCAAAAGGAGAAUAUACAUCGUACUAUCAGCGGUCAAUUGAACUUGAGAAAUGGGUUCAUAAAUGGUAUAAAAAACUCCACUUCUACAUUUCAUAUGCAAGAUUACUAUACGAAACUCUCAAGUUUCUGGAGAUUUCGUGAUCUGAGGUCGCAAUCGUGGCACAAUGAAGGGUAUUUAACAUUUGGCUCAGAAUGGUUAAAUUGAUCGAUAAAGAUGAGUUGUGGCGCAUGCGGCGCCUGCCACUCGAGCUGCAGAUAUUGAAGCAAAUGUGUUUGUUGGAGAUUCACUAAUAAACCUCCUAAUCUUCCAACCAUUUGUAACUCGUAAACCGAGCUUAUAUUAUGUUUGUAAUCACAAUUUUCAUUUAUUUUACAUACUCAUAAACGAUUGUAUGAGCAUAGGUGUAACAUUGCACUUGAGAUGGAUCUGAAUUCGAAAGCUUUUUUACAACAAUGAUCAUAAGUUUGUACAGUAGUGUUGUUUAUUUGUAUAUUUA